GCAAAAUCAGUACUCACCUUUGCCGAGCAAGCGAAUAAUGACCGUAUUGCCAGCGAUCGCAUCAUCUUUGAGAACUACUUUGGUCGGUUGAAGACACUCUGGGCCACAUGUAGCGCGAGCUACGACUUCGUGUUCCAAGCGUGUUUGGCCCUGACCAACGUCGAUGUCCGUCUCCAUUCCCUGCGUGCAGAAGAUGGUGAUGCCAAUGCCCAGUACAUCAAUCGACUCAACGAAAUCGGCGUAAAGAUCAUCAAGACGAAGAGAGCCGCUGGGAAGGCGUACAGGUCAAAGAGAAAG